AUGGCCGGUUUCAGGUAUGCAUUAGGAGUACUCAUCCUACUUGUUACUGCUUCUAUGUUUGCAGUUGGCACAGCCAACAAACACAUCACAAAAGGGACACAACAUUGGAGCUAUGGCUUCAACUACACCGACUGGGCUUCCAAACACCUGAAUACUAGUGCUGAUUCCAAAAGGAUUGUUGUUGGUGGAUCCGAAAAAUGGCAUUACGGCUUCAACUACUCCGAUUGGGCUAUCAAAAAUGCCCCCUUCUACCUCAAUGAUACAUUGGUAUUCAAGUUUGAUCCACCAAAUGGUGGUCCUACUUCAUUUCCUCACAGCGUUUACUUGCUACCCAACUUUUGGAGCUUCUUAAACUGCGAUCUGAGAAGAGCAAAGCGGGUGGCAAGCCCGACACAAGGAGGGGGAGAGGGAUUCGAGUUUGUGCUGAAGAAGUGGCAGCCCCAUUACUUUGCUUGUGGUGAACGUGAUGGUUUGCAUUGCAAAAAUGGAACCAUGAAGUUCGCUGUGUUCCCAUUCAUUCGUCGUUGGCAUGUCUGAUAUAUGAAGAGAGCUAAAGCUUGGGAAGAUGCAGUGCUGCUUGCUGAUUCUUUUCGUAGUUUUCUUUCUACAAACAAAU